AGUGAUUUGCGGGUUUGUGGCAUGUGCUGAAGAGCAGUGGAGCAGUGUAGGAUGUCCGAGGAUCGGGUUGAACAACACGACAAACAGCCGAUGUCGGAUAGCGAUCCGCUGAACACCGAGAAAGAGCAUGUUCUGGAAACUGAGGAGCCGGAACGAGCAGUCUCGGCAAUGGACAACCGCCAGGAAAAGCUCAACUGCCUGCAUGGUUUUCUUAGUCUUCGCCGAAUGUUUUAUCUUGUCGGAUACUCAGUUGGACGAUAUCCACAUGCUUAUCUCAUUGUCGCUUUUUUGAUCUCGAUCAACUCAUUAGGAAUGUAUAGGAUGGUUCUCAAAGAUCGCAUACGCGAUGGUUAUACGCCGACUAACGCACCUUCUAGAUAUGAAACUGACGUACUUCGGGAAUUCUACAACAUUUCCGGUGACCCUGCAAUGACAAUCAUGAUCUUAAUGCCGAAAAAUGGAACUUCUAUGCAUGCAAAAGCAAAUCUCGAUGAAGCGGAAAAACUUUCAAAGUUCUUCUUCAAUGAGUUCAAUGCGUCACGAGAUGGACGGACAUUGCGCUUCAGUCAACUUUGUGAGCCCUACUGUCAAAUUAACAAGGUGUUUGAUCUGUAUAAGAGUGCUUAUGAUGAGCAAUACAAACUGUUCACCACCGAGAGGCGUAUUUCAAAGUCCUCGAAUCUUUCGUACCCUCUUGCAACAAUGAGUGGAUUUGACAUUCAUCUUGAGAGAAGCCUGUUCGGAGUUGAGCUUAAUCCGAAAACCGAGGAAAAUACAACAAAACUGACAACGUCUGAUAUGCCUCCUCAUCGGAUCAUCACUAAUAUGAAACAUGUAGAGGUGAUAGUGUUCAUCUUCCGCGGUGACCGGGAUUCAGCGGAUAAGGAAAAAGAUUUGAGUAGAUGGGAGCUAGAUGCCUAUGAAUGGAGCUUGAAUGAGCACAAAAGUGACAUUGUAGAGGUGCAGAUUGUGGGUACGGAUGUGUUGGAUAAUGAGAUGAUGAAGGAUGGAAGACGAUUGACUCCUUUCUUUGCUGCAGGUUUCGGAUUUGAAAUCACAUUUGUUAGUCUCUGCGUGAUCCUGACUGCAGUGUACCACAACUGUCUCGACCAGGGAAAAUUGUUAAUCAGUCUUGGGGCAGUUUUAUGUCCAAUUCUUGCCAUCACAUCAACCUAUGGAAUUGUAUCAAUUCUUGGGAUGCGAACUAAUUCUUUCAUGCUGGUUAUGCCCUUUUUGGUUAUGGGAAUCGGAGUCGAUUCGUGUUUCCUGAUGAUUCACAGUUGGCAAAAAGAGCGGAGAGCACAGGCAAGUGGGACUGGAAAUCGAUUGGGAAUGGUUUAUGAGUCAGUUGGCCCGUCCAUCACUAUUACUUCUCUAACCGAUUUUUUAUCGUUUGCUAUCGGUGCCCUUGCUCCAACUCCAGAAACGCGUCUUUUCUGUAUCGCCUCCUCAAUCGCACUGGCUCUCACAUACAUUUUACAACUAGUGCUCUUUGGACCCAUCUUGGCAGUGGCAACUAGAUAUGAGCACAAGACAACAACCACUUCAAAUUGUAACUGGCGAAAAUGGCUCAAAGCAUGUUGGAAGAAAUGCAUCAACGUCUAUUGCAAAAUUCUAUCCAACAAGUUUUUCGCAGUCGUUGUCAUGCUCGGAACAGCAAUCUAUUGGUACUUUGCCAUCUAUGGGCUCAUGACAAUGAAAACUCGCUUGGACGCAGUUAAAAUUCUUCCAAAAGAUUCACCAUUGCAACGCCCAAAUUUGGUGCUCACCAAUCUUGUCUGGGCAAACUACCAUCCCGUCACCAUUCUUAUAAAUGCUCCAUUGGAUCUAGAAAACCGGCAUCAAAUGGAUAGAUAUUGGAAUAUGGUCGAUGAAUUUGAAAAAAUGCACAAUUGCAAGGGAAAAGCUUCAACUCUUUCUUGGCUCCGUGAUUAUAUCAAAUUUUCCUAUCACGGGGAACCAUUCAAUCUGUUCGCUUUCUUUGGUUUAAUGACCCCGGAGGUUUAUGAAGAAGUGGAUCCAUAUCAGGCAAACAUCACAACUGCAAAACUUCCAGAGUUUUUGAAAUCUCCGUUCUUCAAACAUUGGGAUAGUUUUAUUCACUAUCACUAUGAAGAAGGUGUUAUCAAACUGGAUCGUUUUAUGAUGAAUGUGGCGUACGACAACACAUCCUCUUGGGACACGCGUAUUCAGUUGAUGACAGAUUGGAGAAAAGUUGCAAAUAACUACUCUGAUUUGAAUGUCACCGUGUGGGAACCAAAUGGAAUGUUUGUCGAUCAAAUGCUCAGUUUGGGAAGGACGGCAACUCAGACUGGAAUCUGGACUCUAGUCUGUAUGGCUGUGGUUUGUGCAAUUUUCAUUCCAAAUCCAUGCAGUAUUAUCACAGCAACAGUCUCCAUCGCUUCUAUCACUACUGGCGUUAUGGGAUUCCUCUCGCUGUGGUCCUUCGACCUCGACCCGGUUGUCAUGGCGGCGGUUUUGAUGUCGAUCGGACUGUCUGUUGACUUUAUUGCUCACGUCGCGUACCAUUUCCAGCUGGCUCACCGGAAGGAGAUCCGAAAUGGAAAAAUCAAAAAGAUCCCUCUCAAAGGGUCAACUGAACGCUUGGAGCACACCCUCGGAGCCGUCGCGUGGCCAAUGAUUCAGGCAGGAGUGUCGACGAUUUGCUGCAUUCUUCCGCUGCUCUUCCGCGCGAGUUAUUCGCCAUCUGUUUUCGUGGCCGCAAUCUUUCUCGUCGUCACAUUCGGAAUGCUCCAUGGGCUUUUGAUUCUGCCCACUUUCCUGGCGGCACUUCCCGAAAGCGUGACCACUGCCAACUGCUACCGCGUCUUCCUGUCGUCGUCAUCGGAGCGGAGUUGCCGCUACGUGCCACGCCGCGACAGUACGAAUAGCAUUGAGUUGCAGAAAAUGGAGAGAAAGGAUUCGCUUUUGAAUUAAGACUCUAAGAAAAAAGGCCAUUUCCUCUUCCAUUUUCAACUGUAUUUUAUAAUUUCCCACUACGCUAGUAUCUUGUCGCACAAUCUUUAAUUUCCUUCAUUUCCACACACGUCAACAACUCAUUUCAACACAUAUACAUACACACAACAUACACAAUUUUCAAUUCAGUGCUCCCCCUUUUUCCAUUUUCCAUGUGCUCCAACUAGCUUCUUCUUCUUUGACUCUUGAAAAUCUUCAAAAGAAAUAACAAUAACUACUUCCUUUCAAUUCAUAGUAGCACAUUCUUUAUUUCAUUCAUAUUUUUUAGCUUUAGAAAAAAAAAUUUCCCAAAUGCAAACAUUACACAAAAUUGUUAUAUAAUCUCCAUCCUGUGUUGGUUCUAUGAACACGAUUUAGGCUUUACCUGACUCUUUUCUGUGAUCUUCUUUCCCAUGCGAAUUCCGGUAGACAUUUUACUCAAUUCAUCCGAUUUUUUUCGUCUCAUUCUAUACCAUUUUCUUUGCCAUCUAAUUUUUCACCCGUCUAGUAUAAAUCUGUCUUUUUUCAAAA